AUUGAUUUAUACCAUGCAAUUCACUACGUUAGGUGACUCCGGUUUGAAUGUGUCCAAGAUAAUUGUUGGUUGUAUGACCUUCGGUCUGAAACAAUGGGCUGAUUGGUGUAUUGAAGAAGAAGACCAAGUUAUGGAAAUUUUAUAUAAAUGUUAUCAAAAUGGAUUAAGGACUUUCGAUACUGCUGACGUAUACUCUAAUGGUGUCUCAGAGAAACUCUUAGCAAAGUUCAUUGAGAAAUAUAACAUCCCAAGAGAUAGAAUUGUGAUUUUAUCUAAAUUAUUCUUUCCUGUGGAACCGGAAAUUUUGGAUUUUAGAGACGGUUUCCAAGAAAAUGAUUUCCCUCCUUUUGAACAUAUCAAUUCAAAAGGGUUGUCUCGUAAACACAUAUUUGAUGCUGUUGAAAAAUCAGUGGAAAGAUUGGGUACCUAUAUCGAUGUUUUACAAAUUCAUCGUUUGGAUAAAACUCCUAAAAAGGAAAUCAUGAAGGCAUUGAAUGAUAUUGUUGAUAAAGGUUAUACUAGAUACUUGGGUGCUUCAAGUAUGAAAGCAGUUGAAUUUGCGGAAUUACAAUUCAUUGCUGAACAAAAUGGUUGGUUCAAAUUUAUUAGUAUGCAAAACUACUAUAACUUAAUUCAUCGUGAAGACGAACGUGAAUUAAUCCCAUUUUUGCAAAGUUCGACUUUAGGUAAAGUUACUUCCAUCCCUUGGUCUCCAAUUGCUAGAGGGUUUUUGGCUAGACCAAUCGGAGGCAAACUGCAAGAUAAUAGAGACAAAUCUGAUAAAACCAUCUAUCGUAUGGGUUUGAACUCUUUAAGUGACGCCGAUAUUGAAAUUAUCAAUAGGGUUGAAAAAAUUUCUAAAAAAUUAGGCUUUAGUAUGGCUAAUAUAGCAACCGCUUGGGUCUUAGCAAAGGGUCACUGUCCCAUUGUGGGCAUCAAUUCAAUAGAAAGAGUAGAUGAUACUCUUCGUGCCUUUGAUGUCAAAUUAUCUGAAGACGAUAUCAAAUAUUUAGAAGAACCUUAUGCUCCAAAAAAACCAAUUGUUUGAGUUACAUUCAUCUUUUUUUUAAUCUCUCAAAUAUUCUUAUAUAUUGAUAUGUUUAUAUAAAGCGAAUAAAUA